CUAGCUCACACUGCCUUCUUCAAAGGCGAAAAGGCUGAAAGAUUUGUAUUAAUUUUAUCGUCUACUUCUUGGUGAAUGCGGAUAAUGUUGAUGUUUAGGAGAGUGUAAGUCUCAUUUGACUGCCACCAUGCUGGAAAGUCUAGCAGCAUGGGUGCUCAACAAUUACUUGGGCCAGUACCUGGAAAACCUGAACACAGACCAGCUGUCUGUGGGCCUCCUGCAAGGUGCUGUGGAAAUGGAGAACGUGCCUCUGCGCAAGGACGCCCUCUCCAGCCUGGACCUGCCGGUGCGCGUGACGGCCGGCUUCGUCGGCAAGAUCCGUCUCUCGAUCCCGGUGCGCCGGCUGAGCAGCGAGCCGUGGUCCAUCUCCAUCGAGCAGCUGUACGUGGUACUGGGACCCGUCCGGCCCGAGGAGAUGGACGCGGACGCGGAGGAGGCGGCCGCUCGGCAGCGCCAGCUGUGGCAGCUGGACGCCGUCGAGGCCACCUGGCGCGCCGAACACGAGGCCAAACAGGAGACCUCCUACUACGCGGCCAGCUACAGCUCCUGGGUCAACUACGGCAGCAGCAUCGUCGGAAACAUCGUCGCCAACCUGCAGCUGAAGAUCCGCGACGUUCACGUGCGGUACGAGGAGCCCGGUUUCGCUGUCGGUCUCACAGUCGGCGCGCUGACAGCUCAGAGCUGCGACGAACGAUGGGUGCCCGGUUUCGUGGCCGAGUGUCGCGACAACAUGCGCUUCAAGCUGCUGGACCUGCAGCAGCUGGACGUCUACUGGGACACGCAGGCGCAGAUGUAUUCGGAUAUGACCAUCGGACAACUGGCCGAGGUGAUGAUCGCCGGCGCGCACCACGAGUUCCUGCUCUCCCCGGUGACCGUCCAGGCCCGGCUGAAGCGCGACUGUUCCGAGCGCCCGCUGCGCUCCCGGGCCCGGCCGCGACACGUGCUGGACCUCCAGUGCGAGCGUCUGUCGCUCUCCCUGGCAGACAAGCAGUUCCAGCAGGCGGUCGGCUGGGCGCGCAGUAUGGAGGUGCUGGACCGACGGCGCCGCUGUCUGCGCCACCGCGCCGACCGGCCGCCGCGCGAGGCGCCCGCCGCCUGGUGGCGGUUCGCCAUCCUGACCCACCUGGAUCGGAUCGGCCGGCGGCGCCGCCACUGCACCUGGGAGGCGGCCUGCGAGCGCGCCGCGCUCGUCGUCCGGUAUGCUGCAGUCUACCGCGAGCACCUCCGCUGUCCGGCCACACUCACCGCCGAGCAGCGCGCGCUCAAACUCCGCUGCGAGUCAGAGUUUGAGUUCGAGGCGCUGGCCGCGCUCCGCGAGUGGUGUAUGCUGCAGGAGGAGCGCGAGGCGGCGCUGCGGCGCGAGCAGGGCGCGGCGGCGGCCGGCGCCAGCGGCAGCGGCCGCGGCCUGCUGCAGUCGUGGUUCCCGGCCUGGGGCGGCUGGUACGGAGGCGCCGGUGAGGAGCCGGAGCGGCAGCGCCCGGAGCUCGAGGCGGCGCUCGAUCAGAUGGCCGACACGCUGGAGAACAGCUCGGCGCUGAAACGGGACGCCGUGUUCGGCCAGCUCAACUUCAGUCUCAAACAAGCCGAGAUGAAAUUGGUCCGCGCAGAGGCCGGAGGCGAGAGGCGGCCCCUGUUCGACCUGGCCUUCGAGAAGGUGGAGGUGGCUGCCGAGUCGCGGCCCCGCAGCGGCUCUCACCUGCUGCAGACCUCUCUGGGUGCCCUGUACCUGCACGACCACGCCACGGCCGGCUCGGCGUUCCCGCGUCUGGUGGCGCCUCAGCCGCGCGCCGCGCCGGCCGCGCCACUGCGCCAGCUCAGCCGCCUGCCGGGGCUGAGCAGUCUACUGGCGCCGGCCGCCGAGCCGCCCCUGUUCGAGCUGCACUACGAGCGCCGGCCGCCCGGCAGUCGCGCCGACUACAAACUGCACGUCACGUCUCGAUCGCUGGAUGUGGUGUAUAACCCCGAGGCACUGCGACUGAUGAGACAGUUCUUCACGGCCCGACGCUCGGACGCUGAUGCAGAGCGGUUAGCGCGACUGGAGAACGCGGCGCGGGUCAGGUACGAGUCGCUGAAGAGACAGACCAGGGAGGAGCUCAUGCAGACCUGGGAGCAGAUGGUCGAGGGAGACAACAUCGCCAGGAAGACGUGGGACGUCAUGUUUAACAUCUCGGCGCCGCACAUCAUCCUGCCGGAAACACUGCAGGAUCCGUCUGGCCUCCUGCUCGUGCUCGACUUUGGACACCUGAAGCUGCACAACGACAUGUUUUGGGAGGAAGAGGCUCGACGUCAGGCGGCGGCCGCUGCGGCUGGCCUGGACGACGACGACGCUGACGACGAGGAUUUCUGCACGCCGUGUUCGACGCCGCAGGAGACAGAGCUGGAGUCGGGUGCGACAGCGGGGUCGGCAGUGCCCGAGUCACCGUCAACUGAUACAAUCUCGAUGGCGACAGCGCCGGAGAUGUCACCAGCUCAGGCAGCGCGCUGCGAACUCCAGAAGAAAAUGUACGACAAGUUUUCUCUCAACUUCAGCGACUUACAAGUGCUAGUGGGUCGUGUGAGGGACAACUGGCGUCAGGCGUUAGCCAAGGGCAGCAGUCCGAUGCAUGUGUUGGACCGGUUCACCAUCUCCCUACAACUGGAGCGGCGUCGUUUGGCUGCGGCUGAUCCCGAGUGGCCGCUGGUACACAUCAACGGCAACCUCAGCCACCUGAUGGUGCAUGUCAGCGAACAGAAGGUGCACGCGCUGCGCACUCUCGCCAGUCGACUCUUGCUAGAUGAGGAAGAGCCGGUAGACUCUCCGACGGCCGACGAGGACGAUCUCUCUGAGAUGAGUGGUGAAGAGGACGGCGCGGGAGGGGAUCACUCGCAGCCGGCGGAGGAUGAGGACGGCGGCGCCGGGCCGUCGGAACCCGCCUCAGACUCGGCCCGGCUACUGGUGGUACAGUUCGCCACCGGACAGAUGUCACUGGCGGUACAGUCGCGCGGCCGCGCCGUGGCUGAACUGCAGGUAUGUGGUGCGCGCGGUCAGCUGACGCGUCGCCGCCGCCGACUGCAGUUAGCGCUCUCUGUGCAUAGUCUUCUCCUGGUGGAUGCGCUACAGACAUACGGAGCGGAUUUCGAAAUCCUGGUGGCCAGCCACCGCGGUGUGGGUGUGGAUAGUGUGAGUGGCUCUCUGCUCGACUCCGAACCGUGCAGUCCGUGCAGUCCCGCCUCGCCGACGGGUGUGGACCGCUCGACCUCGCCCGUCUCUCUCACGCAGGCGGUCAAUCAGAAACUACAGUCGACUAGUCUGCGGGUGGUGUCGCCCGACCCGGGAGGGGGAGGUGCUGACCCGCCGCAGCCGACCGCCGCUGCUGCCCCCGCCGCCGGCGCCGCGCCCGAGCCGGGUCUGAGCCACACACACGACGCGCUUAUUACGCUGGAUGUGACUAUCGUACUACCCACACCCGGGCAAACACCGAGUCAGACCCUCCGUACCGUCUCCAUGAGAUUCAACACGCUGGACGUCAUAGCCAACCAGGAGACCAUUGUCGAGCUGGCAGGGUUUCUGAACCGAAUCAGCACUCCGCCGGACCCUGUCAGCGCAGGGAAGCCGCUCUUACGGCCCGCGGAGUCGGACGGUCGCGCCGCUAGUCCCCUGGGCGACUGGCUGUCCGGCGGUGCCUCCUCCCCGCCGCCGCCAGCCGAGCCAGAGACAGAAAACUCCUCCAGCAGUCGUACCGAGCUCACCUUCGACUUUCACAAACUAAACGUACUACUACUGCGCUCCGUCAGCGACCGGUUCGGACUGACGGGCCGUAAGGUGGCCACGGCGACGGUGAGCGGCGCGCGGAUCCAGGCCACCCUGUCCGACCAGCUGGCGGUGAGCGGAGCUCUGGGAGGUCUCCAGGUCCGGGAACUCAGCCCGGCCGCACACCGACAUCCCUGUGUGCUGUCGGUCGGCUUCGACCCCGUCGUGGAGCAGUCGCAGGACCUGCUGCGCCGUCUGAACGCCGAUCUGUACCGGGACAGCGAGCAGUGUCCGCGCGCGCUGCAGUUCACGGCCCGCCGGCCGGCCGGCGCCGAGGGCGCGGCCCAGCUCGAGGUGCGUCUCGCCUCCGUCUGCUACACCCACAGCGCGCCGUUCCUGGUCGAGCUGGGCGGCUGUGUGGACGAGUUCAAACAGUACGUGACGGAGCUGGCGCGCUCGGUGGGUGCCGCCGCGGCGGAAAUGGCCAGGGAGAUGGUGCACAUCAGGUCGGACUCGGUCAGUGACGCCGGCUCGCUGGUGACGGGCUCGGACGCGGCGCGGAGUACCCUGAGCCCUCCUCCGGCGGCCGGGCGCGGCGAGCCGUCCCCUCAGCCGGCAGCCGGGCAGUCGCUGGCAGGGAUCGAACUCAGUGUGGUGCUGGAGACGCCUAUUGUGGUUGUACCGGAGAGUGCCGGGAGUUCGCGUGUGCUGGUGGCUCACCUGGGCAGGAUCGCGCUCAACUGCCGGCCGGAGGACAAACAUCGGCUUCACGUGACCGAUAUGAACCUCUACUCGCUGGAUCUGGACAAAGUGAUGCUCACCAAGAGUCUCAGUCCUGGCCGUGCGUUCAGCACGUUGCGCGCCGACCAGCUGUACGACGCCCGUCUGUGUGGAGACCCGAUCCUCUACGACACCGCUCUGGAGGUCACCCUGCAGUCGGUGGAGGUGCCGCCGCCGGGGCAGACGGGCACCGCUGCCGGGCGCGCUCAGCAGACACUUCAGGUGGACGGUCAGUUUGUCACGCCGGUCCGUCUCUCGGUGCUCAAGUCUCAGUAUGAGCAGAUCAUGCGCACCAUGAACAACCUGACGGUGCCGAGCGCCGCCGGGGCAGGGGACGUGGAGACGGAGACGACGCAGGAAGAUGACGUGACGGCUGAGGAACCGGGGAAAGAGCCGUUGGAGAGGAAGAUAUCUGCACCAGCUCAGAGCCAUGGAAUACCGAUACAUGGCUCGUUCCAGCUGUCUGAGUUUGAGAUGGAGCUGCGCAGCGACAUGAGCCGCGGCGGGCCGUGCGGCCUGGUCACCCUGACCUUCAGCGACCUGUCGGUGGCCUACGAGCGGCGCCAGCCGGACCUGACCGAGCUGAGCGUCACACUACAGGGUGUCACCAUGGAGGACCUGCUGCAGCUGCCGGACGCGCCGCACCGCUACCUGCUGCACUCGCACAACACUGUGAGCGAGCGCCGUCCAUCGGCGGUGGGUCCGUUCCUGUCUGCCUCGUGUCCGGAUAUUGCCGCCGGGCUCUCCUGUGACGAUGACCUAUCGCUGUCGGCGCCCACCUCCGCUGAGGUUCUGUGUGGCAGCCUGCCCGACCGACUGAACGGAGGGGGAUUCCUGGCGCCGCGGCCGGCCGCACCGCGCAGCACAUACGACCGCGGCGCGCGUUCGACGGGCUGCCGCAGUCCGCCCAGCUCCCCGACUCGCCCGGCGCCCGACCCGGAGAAGGCGCUCAUCCAGUGCACGGUGACGCUGCGCUCUGGCGCGCGCGCCGCCGCCGUCAGCCGCACGGUCGACCUCAACUUCAACUGUCUGGACGUGGUGGUCAGCCCGCAGUCGUGGGUGAUGGUACUGGACUUCUUCAACGGACAGCCGCACCCGCCGACCGCGCCGGCGCCGGAGUCUGGCGUGCCCCGGAGCAGCUCUCGCGCGGCGCCUCUCUCGGCCGCCGCCGCCGGUGGGGCCGUCACCGAGACCUUGGUGCGGGUCCGCUCCCUGAGCCUCCUGCUGAACCAGCCGGGCAGCGGUCCGCUGGCACGCGCCACCGUCACCGACUACAGCAGUCGGACUCUGUCGGGUACCGAGCGAGCGACCACCUCCGGCCGACUCGGCGCACUGGCUAUGGUCGAUCUCACCUCGCACGGCGCUCUGUACAAGGAGAGAUUCGUCACCGCCGGACCCGAGGCCGUCCACUUCGACUUCGUCAAGUUCCAGUCGCCGGACCCGUCUCUGCGCCGCGAGUUCGACACCCAGCUGCGACUACGGAUGGCCUCCGUUCAGUACGUGCACACGGCCCGCUUCCUGGCCGAGCUGCAGCAGUUCUUUGCACACUUCACUGAGCUGCAGGACCUGCUCAACCGGCUCCAGUCCGAGGAGGAGGUGAGCAGCCGCGGCUCUCGUGUCUCUCUGGACGUCCAGGCCGGCUCUCCCGUCCUCCUGCUACCCCUGUCUGCCACCUCUCGUCAACUGCUGGUCGCUGACCUGGGCAGGCUGCGUGUCACAAACGCGUUCCGUCUGUCGGGCUCGGAGCCGCCGGACGCCGCCACCGCCAGGGAUAUACCCUUCUCCAGACGGGCGGCGCCUCGGGGCCGCGUGUCGCCCGUGCUGCGCGCAGGCCGCGUCGACCGUCCGGCCACACCGGACCCGGUGCCCUGUCUGCUGGAUGUUAUGGAGGUCAGUCUGUCGGACAUGGACGUGUACUCUGCCGAGCGGCUGGACGUGCUGUCGGCGGCGGCCGAGCGGCCCGGGCCGUCCGACCUCCACCUACACUCGUACCUGGUGCGGCCCACGCCCGGCGGACGAGUGCUCAAACGGAAGGCCGGACUCAAACUGGUGGUCGAGCGGAACCUGGACGCCGCACUCAACCACGACGUGCCAGACAUGAGCGUGCGCGGCAGCCUGUCGACGCUGGACCUGUCGGUGGACCUGCCGCAGUACAAGCUGGUGCGCGGCCUGCUGGUGCACAACCUGGGCGAGCCGCUGGGCAUGGAGCCCACCGACCUCAUCCAGCCGCACCACGUGCCGGUGCUGGCGCCGGAGACGGUGUGGCUCACCAUGUCGGUCAGGCUGGACCUGCAGAACGUCUCCCUCGAGCUGGUGACCGACGACGCCGCCGCCCUGGCCCGCGUCGACUUCAUCCGUUCACAGCUGCUCUUCGAGAGCUUCUCAGACUCCUCCAAGGACGUGGAUCUGAUGUCCAGGGAGAUCCGGCUACAUGACACACGCUUCACCGAUUUUCCGGCCAACAAGCGUUCGAACGUGUUCAGCCUGAUUCUGCAGCCGCUGUUUGCCAAGACGGAGCGCAGCCUGCAGGCGGAGCUGCAUUACCGAGCGUCGGCCGAACACGCCCAGUUCACAGUGCUGCUCAACAGCAUGCGGCUCAUGGGUGUGCUCGAUUGGUGGCGGGAGGUGAACGAAUUCAUUAACGCCAGUCCUGACGGCGCCUCGCCGCCGGAGGACCCGUCAGCGCCGUCCACAGUCGUCCCUGCCAACCCGUCAGCCGCGCCCACCGCCGGCAUGGCCGUCGGCGCCGGCGUGGUGACUCGCCGGGCGGCCGUGCUGGGUCAGCCGCAGCAGAGUCUGGAGCUGAAGCUGAACGUCUCCGAUUGUGAGCUGGUGCUGGUCGAGAAUCCCACCCUCUCCGACUCAGCCGCCGUCAUACUCAAGACCACUGCGUGCGUGCAGUACCGCCCUCAGAGCCGCGAGAAGCCUCUCAGCUGCGAACUGCAGAACUGCGAGCUGUUCAGCUGUCUCCUGGGCGGAGCUGAGCAGGAGACCGCGCUCUCCAUCGUCGACCCGGCCACUGUCAACAUCGAGAUAGCCGGCAAGCAGCCUCCGGACGCCGCGCGGGGCAUCCUGGACGCCACGGAUACCGAGGUUCACUUCCACAUGGAGGUGCUGAUGCAGCAGCUGAACGUGCGGGUCAGCUACCACGACAUGAAGAUGUUUGUGGCCAUCAUGGAGAGCCUGCCCAAACAGACGGGAGCGGUGGCGCAGACCGGCGAUCGUCUCUCGGCGCAACCCGUCAACCUGCAAGCCCCGCUGCGUCAGCUGCAGCGUCUCGGGUUCGCGGAGGAGGACUGUGAGAGGGCUCUGGCCGCCUGUCAGGGACGGCUGGACGACGCUGCCAUCUGGCUCACACAGCACGCGUCUCCGACGACGGAGGCUGCGCCGCCGGACCCGCCGCCCAGUCAGCCGCUCUUCGACCUACGCAAAAUCAACCUGCACACGUCAUCGUUCUCAAUGUGUGUGAUCGACGACUGCGGCGACGCGGACGUACCCCUGGUGGAACUGUGCAUGAACCACUUGUUGGUGUCCCACUCGAGAGAUGGCGCUGGCGAGGCCACCUGUGAGCUCUCCUGCGACUACUACAACCGAGCUCUCUCCGGCUGGGAGCCGUGCAUCGAACCGUUCAAGUGUGAGCUGGACUGGCGCCGGGAGUCGACCGCUGCUGCCGCCUCCAGCGGGGGCACCUCACCGUCCCCCACCUCUAACGAUCGGCUCACCGUCAACAUCCGCUCCAAGCACCAGGCCAACGUGAACGUGACGACUACUCUGCUAGAGCUGUACUCGAUGGUUCGCACCAACUGGACGGAGGACUACUAUAAUCGACACAGGCUGGGCGGGCCGCGGGUGGCCAGCCGCCGCCGCAGUCCGUUCGUCCCCUUCAGCCUGAAGAACGACACCGGAUCGCGACUCAAGUUCCGCACGGUGCUGACUUCGUUCAGCGGAGGCCAGGACGCGGCGGCGGCGGGCCCGGCGGGCGGCCCCGGUGGCUGGACCGAGGUGGGCGUCGACGAGGCCGUGCCCUUCACCUUCGGCGGACGCGGGAAGCUGCGCCACCAGGACACGCACACCACCCGACAACACCAGCUGGUGGUGUGGGUGGAGGGCUGGCAGCCCGCCUCUCCCGUCUCCGUGGACAGGGUCGGCGUGUACUUCCGACAGACGGCGCCCGUGCCCGGCCGGCACCCCAGCGGGAUGGAGCAGCCGCCGGCCCGGGUGGUGUUCGCCGUCACCCUGCAGGGCACCGCCCGCAAACUGGUCACCGUUCGCUCGGCACUGAUGGUCGCCAACCGACUGCCCGACCCGGUCGAAAUCAAGAUGGAGGGCGCCGUGCCACGCAUCGGAGGGCCGGAGCGGGUGCUGCAGGUGUCCCCCGGGGCGCGGCGCCCCGUGCCGCUGGCGCUGGUGCACUGUCAGCAGCUGGGUCGGCCGCUGUCGGCCGCCGGCGGAGGCUGGAGCCUGACCGCCCAGCCGUGGCGCUGGUGGGCCGGAGAGUCGGGCCGUCGGCGCUGCCGCAGCUGGCAGAACGCCGCCGAUGUCUACAGGUUUUGCGUCAACAUCGAGCGGGACAGCUACCCAGAGGAUCCGGCGCCGUACACCCGACAGGUGGCCACCGGCCGUCUGGGCGUUGGCCAGCAGCCGGGCCACACCAUCACCCUCCUCCCACCGGUGACCAUUGUGAACCUGUUGCCGUGCGAGUUGCGCUACUCGGUCUCCUGCGGCGCCAGCAGCGCCGAUCCGCCGCCAGAGGCCACCCGGCGCAUCGACGCUGGCAAACAGGCCGCCCUGGUGGAUGUGGACCUGGAGCAGGAGCUGCUGCUCUCGCUCAGCGUGGAGGGCUGCCGGCCGGACCGGGCCCUGGACAUCACCGCCGCGCGCGUGGCCGGCCUCGACUGGGCGCCGGUGGCGCUGCGCGACUCGCGCGGCCGGCUGCUGCAGCUGCGCGCGCGGCUGCGGCACGGCGCCGCCGGCUGGCUGCGACUGUCGGUCAGCGCUCCGUACUGGCUGGUGAACCGCACCGGUCUGCCGCUGGUGGUGGCCCAGGAGCAGACCGAGCAGACCGAGGCGGCCGGACAGGAGGCCGACCACGAGCGCGCCCGCUCCGUGGCGCCGCUCAUGUUCUCACUGAGCGACCCCGAGGCGCCGCACAUGAUGGUGGCGCGACUGGGGCGCGGACAGCACCCGGACGGCCUGCCGCGGUGGUGUCAUCACUUCCACCUGCAGCCCGGUCUCAGUUUCCGUCGUCUGCGUGUCUCGCCCCGCGACACCCGGCGGCCAGACAUCGUCUACGUGGUCGGUAUCGAGACUCGCCCGGGCCGCGGUCGGUACGGCGACACCCACAUCAUCACCGUAUCGCCGCGCUUCCAGGUCGACAACAGGUCGUCACAUCGACUGCUACUCUCGCAGCUGCACUUUGCCGAGUCGUUUGUGAACCCUGCGGCGCAGCAGCAGUGGGUGCUGGCCGUGCCCGACUCCCAGAUGGCGUUCCACUGGCCGCGCCACGACUGCGACCACCUGCUCUGUGUCAAACUGGCUGACGUGGCCGACUGUCACUGGUCGGGCGGCUUCCUCAUCGACCGCACCGACAGCUUCCACAUCAACGUCAGGGACAAGGACGGCCUAAGUCGCUUCCUGCGCGUCGAGGUGGUCCUCCAGAGCGCCACCUACUACGUCGUGUUCAUGGACGCGGACGCCAUGCCGCCCCCGUUCCGGGUCGAUAACUUCUCCGAGGUCAACAUCACUUACUACCAGAGCGGCACCCAGGAGCACUACCGCCGGAGUGCGGUUCGGCCGCGCUGCUCGGCGCCCUACGCCUGGGACAUGCCGCCAUGCCAGCCUCAGAGCCGCCCCACGCUGACCGUGGUGGCACCCGGCGGACAGGCCGACACGUUCGACCUCAACCAGCUCAACCAGCGCAAGACCCUACACUACGACAACUUCAUGUUCAUCGCCUUCUCCGGCACUUUCGGAGGUCCGUCGGGCGCGGCGUUCGACCCUCAGAACGUCGAGUGUCGUCAGCUGGUUCUGGACGUGGCGGACGGAGUGGUGGUGCUGCGCAGAAAGGAGCCCGGUGUGCGGUCCCAGCUGUGGCGUCACCUGCCCACCGGUCAUCUGGUGCACGAGGGUAGCAGCCCUCCCCGGGACCUCCGUCAUCCGGAGAGCACCGACCGGCUGAUGGUGCUGGACAUCGCCACGCCUGGUAUCCAGCCAUACGAGUGUGUUCCGCUGCGGCUGAGGCGUCUGGAUGCGCGCCGGCAGUUCACGCAGCGCUGGCAGUUCACUGCCGACGGCCGGCUCUGCUGUCAGCACCCCAACCUGUUUGUGCAGGCCCAGGACGGCUUCAGCGGUCUGUGCAGAGGGAAGCACGCUGUGCUCGGCCCGGUCUCUAUCCUGCCGCCGGGCAGCCCCAUACCACCCGAGCAGGCCGUCCAGCCGCAGAUGCAGUGGCCCGGCUCCGGGGAGCUCACUGUGAGGGUAGUGACGGACGGACCGACGCGCGUGCUGCAGGUCACAGACGCCAAACCCACCGGCAAGCCGACGUUCGCGCGUCUGGACCGCGACUGGCUGGUGGUGGGUGAGAGCAGCGGCUCGCGCCUGGUGGCCGCAGCCGGGUCCACCGAGGAGCGGCCGGCCGCCGGGCAGACGGAGCUCACCGUCAAACUGCACCUACCGGCAGGUGUCGGCGUCAGCCUGGUGUCAGCCACCCCGCCGGCCGAGCUGCUGUACCUGUACCUGGGUGAUAUCGCGGCAGAGUGCCGGCGCACCGCGUCGCGCCUCUCCCUGGACGGUAGCGUGCGUCACGUUCAGGCCGACUGUCAGCUCAUAGACACCCAGGCGCCCUGUGUGCUGCAUGUGACGCCCGGAGUGGCUACGGAUGAUAGGCGACACCUGCCAGCUGUCUGUUUUGCCGUACAGAGUGUACCCAGCGCCUGCGAACGAUGGAGGAUCCUGGAGCACCUGGUGGUGUCGGUAAAGGACCUGACCCUGACGCUGGAGGAGCGGCUGCUCUACCACCUGCUCCACUUCAUCGGAUACAAGGACGACGCGUCGGAGGUGAACCAGCUGGAGGAGUCUGACCACGAGACGCAGCGGGCCCUGAAGGCGGCCACAUCGUCUCAGAACACGCGCUACUACUGCCGCCUGCUGCAGCUCGCCCUAAAAAAGGUGCGUCUGAGCGUCCUGACCUCGGCCCGGCUGCGCCCCGAGCUGGCGGCCGUGCGAGCCAAGUUCGGCCGGCGACUGGUCCAGUUCGAGGGAGCUCACGUCGAGCUGGAUCCGUUCGUGCGACAUCACCCGUUCGAGACGGCCGCCAAACUUACUGACUCCGUGCUCGAACACUACAAGGAGGAGCUGAAGUCUCAGGCGGCCAUCAUCCUGGGCUCCACUGACUUCCUGGGCAACCCGCUCGGCCUGCUGAGUGACGUCACGGAGGGCGUGUCCGGUCUGGUGCGCGAGGGAGACGUGGGCGCGCUGGUGAAAAACGUCACCCACGGCGUGGCCAACUCUACCGCCAAGGUCACAGGCUCCCUAUCGGACGCCGUCGGCUGGGUGACCAUGGACGAAAAGCACGACGACAGCCGGCGCCGCAUCCUGGACAACCCCGGCACGGACGACCACCUGAUGACCGGCCUGCGCGGCUUCGGGCUGGGACUGUGGGGCGGCGCCUCCUCGCUGGUCGUUCAGCCCAUCCAGGGCGCCUCCGCCGAGGGAGUCUGGGGAUUUUUCUCCGGCAUCGGCAAAGGUCUGGUGGGCACGGUCACCAAGCCGGCGGUGGGCUUUCUGGACCUGGCCACCGGCGCCGCCAAGGCCGUCAAAGACACCAGCAGCGGCUCGGACCGUCAGGCUCCGCCGCGGGUCCGUCCGAUCCGCGUGGUGCAGGGUGCCGGCGGCCUGCUGCCCCGCUUCAGCGGACGGGACGCAGAUGGACAGGAGCUGCUGAAUACAGUCACCGACCGGCAUCCGGACGAAAGAUUCGUGGCGUACGAGGUGCUGUGUCCCGGCGAGCAGCGUGCCACCCCCACCUCCGACCGGGACACCCUGUACCCGGAGCUGCUCAGUUACGGCCGCGGCGACCUGCGCGUGCUCAUAUCGACAGAGAUGGUGCGCGUGCUGUCACACAGCAGUCCCGGCGCCUACACACUCAACUACACCGUCCACUUUAGUGAGCUGGACGAGUGUCGUCCGUCGAUAGAGCGGGACCCGUAUGGCACGCACAUCUACAAGGUAGUGCUUACCGUCAGCGGAGGCGGCGGGUCCGGCCGAAAACCGGCCUUCGUCUGCCAAAACAACAACGUCGCGUUCAAGAUUACCGAGCUGAUCAAUUUCGGUAAGAGCUGUUACGAGGAGUUGAAGCACACUGUGCCGAUCUCGGAGGCGCCGGCUCCGUACGAGUGAGAUGUCAGUCUCACACCGGUGAGCCGCUGAUCCUGUACGGAUGAGAUACUCGUCCCGCACGAAUGAUUAGUCAGUCUCGCACGAGUGAGGACGCCGUUCGAUCGCGGGUGGUUGGUCGGAAGACUGCCGCUGUGUCUUAGGCUGCCGUUAUUUCUGUCUUAUUUGCUGGUCGAUCGUUUAGGGGACGAGAUAGCCGCGUGCCUUGUGGGGACUGUUAGUGCCUGAAUGUGGACGGGAUGGUGGGACGAGAUAGUCGUGAUCUGCAGCUGUGCGAUGGCUACCAACGCCUCACAUCGGGCAUCCGUUAUAUUUGUUGCAAUUAUUUGGGGCAUGUGAUCGAACAAACACGGGAUUGUAGGCAUUGUAUGCGCUGGGAAGCACAACUCGUAACUGCAAAUACUGUACCGGCUGUGUAUUCUUUACGGGAUCGAUCGCACACCAUUCGCCGUGCCGUGUGUGCCAGUACCAUGGACAGUGCCGUGUUCAUCCGUCGAGAAAAUGUGAUGACCGUUAGCGUACCUGCAAUACGAUGCAAUGAGGCUGAGACCUAGAAUGGCGGUUUGUGUGAUCAGAAUUUAGAACGUGUGCUGUGCGUAUGCGAGAGGUGACGAGAUGGCCCGGGCCGCAAUUACUGCAGGGAAACGCCGUGGCCAGUGGCUUCCUAGUUGACUAAUGUGCACCAGCUUGCAUAUCACCGCCUCGCACUGUUGCGUUCUGUAGCUGGGGUCGGGGUUUUGUAGCCAAAGAGUCUAUCGUCGAAGUGUGCUGUUAGUGACGGUCAAUCCACGAGUGUCCGAGUGAUCCACAAUUAUAUGCGCUUCGUAGUGUCUUUGUUCGAUGAUCAUGACCAAGAUAAGAAAUAAUACAUUAUGCACCAGUGC